AUGGGAAUAUUACGUUUUGGGUGGUAUGCAGACUCUCAAGUGGAAGAUGGAUCGUAUGAGACUGUUCCUGGAAGUGAUUUCAUGAUUACUCGGGUUGCAUUCCGGGAUAAUUCGUCCAAGUAUUAUAUUAAUGACAGGUCGAGCAAUUUCACUGAAGUUACAAAAAAGUUGAAGGGGAAAGGAGUAGAUCUUGACAAUAACCGUUUCUUGAUUCUUCAGGGGGAGGUAGAACAGAUAUCACUCAUGAAGCCGAAAGCUCAAGGUCCCCAUGAUGAAGGUUUUCUUGAGUACCUCGAAGAUAUCAUUGGAACAAAUAAAUAUGUGGAGAAGAUAGAUGAAUUAAAUAAGCAGCUUGAAACGCUCAAUGAAAAGCGGUCUGGAGUUGUACAAAUGGUGAAACUAGAAGAUGAGCCAAGGGGUGAGUUUCGCGGCGACGGAGAGUCUGAGCCUAACCACCAGAAGAAAUCUGGAACGCCGAGGCUUUACAUCAAAGAGCUUGUGAUGAAGAACUUCAAAUCUUAUGCUGGUGAACAACGCGUCGGUCCUUUCCACAAGAGUUUUUCUGCGGUGGUUGGACCUAAUGGGAGUGGAAAGAGUAAUGUGAUAGAUGCCAUGCUUUUUGUGUUUGGGAAACGAGCUAAGCAGAUGCGGCUGAACAAAGUUUCAGAGCUCAUUCACAACUCAACUAAUCACCAGAACUUGGAUAGUGCUGGAGUCUCUGUACAGUUUGAAGAGAUUAUCGAUUUGGAUUCAUCCAAAAUCGAUGUUAUGACAAAGGAGUCUGAGGACUCGACAAAUCUAAUACCGAAACUUCAGGAAAAUAUACCAAAGCUUCAGAGNUCCAGAUGUGUUCUGCUCUCAUGCUUAUUGCCGAGAAGGCUAAAUUCAAUUUUUUUCNAUUUCACUGAAGUUACAAAAAAGUUGAAGGGGAAAGGAGUAGAUCUUGACAAUAACCGUUUCUUGAUUCUUCAGGGGGAGGUAGAACAGAUAUCACUCAUGAAGCCGAAAGCUCAAGUUGAAACUGAAGGUUACCGGUCUGAGCUUACAAAGAUUCGUGCUGAAUUAGAACCUUGGGAAAAAGAUUUAAUCGUGCACAGGGGAAAGCUUGAUGUUGCAUUAUCCGAAAGUGAACUUUUGAGUAAGAAGCAUGAAGCUGCUCUGAAAGCCUUCAUAGAUGCUCAGAAACAGCUCUCUGAUAUAUCAACAAGAAAAGAAGAAAAAGCUGCAGCAACUACCUCUAGGAAAGCUGAUAUAGAGAAGAAGAAGCAUGAAGCAAUCGAAGCUCGGAAAGUGGAGCAGGAAUCACUUAAAGAACAAGAGACACUUAUUCCACAGGAGCAGGCAGCCAGAGAAAAAGUUGCUGAGCUCAAAUCAGCAAUGAAUUCUGAGAAGAGUCAGGGUGAUGUUUUGAAGGCAGUUUUACGAGCAAAGGAGAACAAUCAAAUUGAAGGAAUAUAUGGAAGGAUGGGGGACUUAGGUGCCAUUGAUGCAAAAUACGAUGUCGCCAUAUCAACUGCAUGCGCUGGCCUUGAUUACAUUGUUGUGGAAACAACUUCUGCAGCACAAGCAUGUGUUGAGCUGCUGCGGAAGGGAAAUCUUGGCGUUGCAACAUUUAUGAUAUUGGAAAAACAAACAGAUCAUAUACAUAAACUGAAGGAGAAAGUGAAAACUCCCGAGGAUGUACCACGCCUCUUUGAUCUGAUCAGAGUAAAGGACGAAAGGAUAAAACUUGCAUUCUAUGCAGCCUUGGGAAACACUGUUGUGGCAAAGGAUCUUGAUCAGGCAACACGUAUUGCAUAUGGUGGGAACAGAGAAUUUCGAAGAGUCGUGACCCUUGAUGGCGCUCUCUUUGAGAAAUCUGGUACCAUGAGUGGAGGGGGAGGCAAGCCACGUGGGGGAAGAAUGGGAACCUCUAUUCGAGCCACUGGUGUGUCUGGCGAAGCUGUUUCUAAUGCAGAAAAUGAGCUCUCCAAAAUUAUUGACAUGUUAAGCAACAUCCGCGAAAAGAUUGGCAAUGCUGUGAGACAAUAUCGAGCUGCAGAAAACGAAGUCUCUCGCCUGGAGAUGGAACUGGCGAAAAGCCAAAGAGAGAUUGAAAGUCUCAAUUCAGAGCAGAACUAUCUCGAAAAACAACUAGCUUCCCUGGAAACUGCAUCUCAGCCAAAGACAGAUGAGAUCGAUAGGCUUAAAGAGCUUAAGAAAAUCAUCUUCAAAGAAGAAAAGGAGAUUGAAAACCUUGAGAAGGGUUCUAAACAGCUGAAGGAUAAUGCUUUGGAGCUGCAAACCAACAUAGAGAACGCUGGUGGUGAGAAAUUAAAAGGACAAAAGGCAAAGGUUGAGAAGAUUCAGACUGAUAUCGACAAAAAUAAUACAGAGAUCAACCGGUGUAAUGUUCAAAUAGAAACAAACCAGAAACUGAUAAAGAAGUUGACAAAGGGGAUUGAAGAGGCGACUCGAGAAAAAGAGAGGCUAGAGGGUGAGAAGGAAAAGUUGCAUGUGACUUUCAAAACUAUAGAACAGAAAGCAUUCGCAAUCCAAGAGACAUACAAAGAAACACAGAAGUUGAUUGACGAGCAUAAAGACAUUCUGACUGAAUCAAGGUCCAACUAUGAGAAUCUGAAAAAGUCUGUGGAUGAGUUGAAGGCAUCUAGGGUAGAUGCAGAAUUCAAAGUCCAAGAUAUGAAAAAGAAAUACAAUGAAUUAGAAAUGAGAGAGAAGGGCUACAAGAGGAAACUCAAUGACUUGCAGAUUGCACUCACAAAGCAUAUGGAACAAAUUCAGAAAGAUCUUGUUGAUCCGGACAAGCUCCAAGCAACAUUGAUGGAUAAUAAUUUGAAUGAAGCUUGUGAUUUGAAAAGGGCUCUUGAAAUGGUUGCCUUACUGGAGGCUCAGCUAAAAGAGUUGAAUCCAAAUCUUGACUCGAUCGCCGAGUACCGGAGCAAAGUGGAACUUUACAAUGGACGGGUAGACGAACUUAACUCUGUGACCCAAGAGCGUGAUGACACAAGGAAGCAGUAUGAUGAAUUGAGAAAGAGAAGGUUGGAUGAGUUUAUGGCAGGAUUUAACACAAUAUCCUUAAAGCUCAAAGAAAUGUAUCAGAUGAUCACUCUCGGAGGUGAUGCAGAGCUGGAGCUGGUAGACUCGUUGGACCCUUUCUCAGAAGGUGUGGUUUUCAGUGUCAGACCUCCCAAGAAGAGCUGGAAGAACAUUGCAAACUUGUCCGGUGGUGAAAAGACACUUAGCUCACUCGCACUAGUCUUUGCACUACAUCACUACAAGCCUACUCCACUUUACGUCAUGGACGAAAUCGACGCUGCUCUUGACUUCAAAAACGUAUCAAUCGUUGGACAUUACGUGAAAGACCGUACUAAAGAUGCUCAGUUCAUUAUCAUCAGUCUUAGGAACAACAUGUUUGAGUUAGCAGACAGAUUGGUGGGAAUCUACAAAACAGAUAACUGUACGAAGAGCAUUACGAUCAAUCCUGAAAGCUUUGCAGUUCGUCAGAAAACUUCUGCUUAGUCCUACCAGAUGACAUGUCUCUACCUUAACCACUUAUUAUUGUAAUGUCUUGUCUUGUCUUGUAAUGGAUUCCUUGUUUUGUGACUUUCGGUUUUCUUAUGAUGGGAUUAAUAUUAACUA